AUGCUGGUGGCUGCCUUGCUUCACUGGCAAUGGUCGCGCAACCCUAGUCUACUGCAGGACGCAUCGACCAAAGCCAUUGCUGGCCUUAUCAAUGUUCUCCUCUGGGCUAGCACGGUGUGGUAUGCUAAGAAUGGCAUCAACGACACUGCUUCCGUUGUGGGAUUGUGCGCUACAUUGCAGGCUUGGGCUGUCACCAAGGCUUAG